GCAUGAUAUUGGAUGAUGGAAGGAAACAACGUGCCAGUCUGAUCGCGGCGAGGCACAGUAGCACAGCCUCGCACGUGACAUGUCAUGAGUUCAGCCUUGUCACGUGGCUGACGGUGCUGAAUAUCCCUGGUCACAAUACCGAGAAUAAGGUCACCGGCGACGAAGAAUUGGAGACAUUAACUCGCCGUUCGACAAUUUUAGGCGUUGGAGGUCGAUUUUGACGCUGGGAAGUGCCGAACCUUGUGCCUCCCACAAGCCACUGCUGCAACCUUAUCUUGCGCCCAAAUCCGUGAUCUGCAACUUUGGGGGCUUUUUGAUGUCAGGUUGCAUAUCAUUCCGGGGUGUUGAUAAUGACACCACACAAUCCGCCAGAUGAAUUGACACCCGCGGGUUCCACCUUGUGCAGACCUUCCACAACAGGUGCUGCUCCUCGAUAAGUGACCAGCAGGAUGGAGGACGGACAGACACCCUUAUCUUUGGCCAAUGCGAACAUUCUUAGCCCUUCAAACCCCGACUCAGGUACCUUGUUGGGUCUCCAAUUGCCACAUACGCUUCCUCCCAUCCAAGAAUAUAUAGUGGUCACUCCUUGGUCGAAAUGGCUCAGACCCUCCUUCGAGUUUCCAAGUCAGGCGGCGAGAUUCCUCCCAUCGGCACGACACCUGACAACCAUGGCCGGAGACAAAAUUUCCUCUGACGAGGUCAGACCUGCCGUGUCUGAGGACAACGUUGGCGUAGUCGAGAAGUCAUUGCUCGACGAGAAUGAAUUCGAAGUGUUCAAGAAAGGUGAAGGGGUGGUGGACUUUCGCAGGGUCGCCUGGUAUCACGCAUCAAUGAUCUUCCUCAAGAUCAUCUUCGCUACCGGUGUCCUUUCGAUCCCUACAGCCAUGUACACCCUUGGUGCCUUCCCAGGAGCGAUCAACAUCAUUGCCUGGACUCUACUCAACGCCUACUGCGCAAUUAUCCAGGGCAACUUCCGCAACUCUCAUGCAGGAUGCCACAGUAUUGCGGACAUGGCUCAACUCGUUGGUGGACCAGUGGUGAAAGAAGUCGUCGGAUUCCUAUUCAUCGCUGCAUACGUUGUCUGUGCAGGCUCUGGCAUCCUCGGUGUGUCAGCUGCAUUCAACGCUCUGUCUAACCAUGCCAUCUGUACGCAGUGGUUCUCGUUCAUCGCUACCAUUAUCGUCGCAAUCUUCGCCAGCGUCAGAAAGUUUGAGAAGAUCGCCUGGCUCACCUGGGUAGGUUUCUCCUCUGUUUUCGUGGCAGUCAUGGUCAUCGUCGUUGGCGUCACGACGCGCGACCGCCCUGCCAUCGCACCGCAAACAGGUCCUUUCGAUCUCGGCUAUAAUGUCGUUGGCAAUCCAACAUUCGUUGGGGGCAUGACAGCGAUUGCGGCAAUUUUCGUCUCCAGUGCCGCUACUGCCGCUUUCUUACCAGUCAUAUCGGAGAUGAAGAAGCCACGGGACUACAACAAGGCUGUCUACGUUACCAUGGCAAUCGUCACAUCUGCAUAUCUCGCCUUCUCCCUGGUGGUGUACAAAUGGUGCGGUAAAUGGGUUGCUACACCUUCUCUUGGUUCCGCAGGCCCUACUUUGAAGAAGGUAGCUUACGGCAUCGGCAUCGUUGGCUUGGCCGUAUCGGCUUGUCUUUAUGUCCACAUCGGAGCGAAAUACCUCUUCGUCCGCAUCUUGCGCAACACCCGCCAUUUGCAGGACAACAGUUUGGUCCAUUGGGGAACUUGGUUGGCCUGCACCAUUGGAAUCUCGGUGGCAGGCUUUUUGAUUUCUUCAGGGGUGCCCAUUUUCAACUAUCUUCUGGGUCUGGCUGGUACUUUCUGCUUCGCACCCGUGGCCAUCUCGCUGCCCGGCUGGCUUUGGUGUUAUGAUCACCCUCAAUACUGGAGAGGAACGUUUUUGCAGAAAAUCCUCUACGCCAUCCAUGUUUUUUUGAUUAUUCUUGGGAUUUUCGUGACUGUGGGAGGAACCUAUGCUGUGGUCCAGUCAAUCGUGGAUGCAUAUGCUUCUGGUCAAAUUGGGGCAGCUUUCGACUGCGCCGACAACAGCGGUACUGUCUUGAACUCAUAGGAGUCCACCUCAGCAAAGGCAUGAAAGAGAUUAGAUCACAUAUAGAAGAAUCUUGGUAGCAUGGGGAUAGAUAACGACUGUGGUGUGGUUGGAGCACUUCCCGUGCCUCAUGCACGCC